AUGGUACAGGACCGGCUUCUUUUCCCCCUCCCCUCUCUGCCCCGACCGGCUCAGUCUGGCCGCAGCAGAGGCGCCUGGGAGCGCGGCGUGAGCGGGCAGGUCGGAGGGGUGCGCGCAGGCGCGUACCACCUCUCACCCUUACAGACUGCGGCGUUAGCGCCGGUGCCCCGUGGCCCUCCGCAUCACAGUCCUCUGGGUUCCACAGGCCUGUCUGUCCAAUCCCUGGUCACUGUGGGCAGUGGAGAGAUGGCCACCCAGCUGCUGACUGAUGAGACCCUGGAGUUCAAUGCAAAACUCCAAAAUAAAAAUGGGAAAGGUCUUUCGAAGGACGGCUCCAAACUCAGAAGUCCAAAGAAACUGUUGGAGUUGGUGACCUUUAGAGAUGUGGCUGUGGACUUCACCCAGGAAGAGUGGCAGCAGCUGGACCCCGCUCAGAGGGACCUGUACAAGGAUGUGAUGCUGGAGAACUUUCAAAACCUCAACUCAUUGGAUUUGGAGUCCAGGCCUGAGAGUGGUGGUGCAGAGCGAGCUGUCCCCGCAGGGCUGUCCGUGUCUCUGGAGUUGGAAGAACUGGAGAGGGGCUAUCUCUGGAGCUCUGCUUUGGGAGAAGCUGGGAGACCACACAACUCCUCAGAGAGUCUGCUGGGAGAGCCAGGGGCAGUUCUAGGGUACCCGAGACUUCUGGAAGGCAAGGGACCCUGGAAACGCAACCUGCAGGAACAUAAUCAUUUUAAUACAAAUUCCGAUUCAGAGGAACAGCCAUGGGCCCCCGGAGGAGAGAAGGCCUCUGUGUGCAAAGAGCGUGGGGAGGCUUUCAGCCAGCGGGCCGACUUGGCCCAGCACCAGCACCAGCACAUCCACACCACAGACAGGCCCUUCUCGUGCGCUGAGUGCGGCAAGUGCUUCCGGAGGAAUGCCACCCUGGUCGUGCAUCAGCGCAUCCACACAGGCGAGAAGCCCUUCGCUUGCUGGGACUGUGGCAAGGCCUUCAGCCAGCGCACCAACCUCACGGUGCACCGGCGCACACACACAGGCGAGAAGCCCUACAAGUGCACCGAGUGCGGCAAGGCCUUUGUGCAGAACAUGCAGCUCAUUGGGCACCAGCGCACGCACACCGGGGAGCGGCCCUACAAGUGCGGCGACUGCGGCAAGGCGUUCACCCUCAUCACCAACCUCAUCGACCACCAGCGCAUCCACAGUGGCGAGAAGCCCUUUGCCUGCGAUGUGUGCGGCAAGCACUUCACAAAGCGCUCGUCGCUCCUCGGCCACCAGAAGGUCUACGCAGGCGAGAAGCCCCACAAGUGCAGGGUGUGUGGGAAGGCCUUCCGGAAGAAGUCAGACUUGGUCAACCACCACCGCAUCCACACAGGCGAGCGGCCCUUCAAGUGCUACGAGUGCGGCAAGGCCUUCACGCAGAGCAUGACACUGGUGGAGCACCAGAAGACACACACGGGCGAGAAGGCCUACCAGUGCCGCGAGUGUGGCAAGUUCUUCACCAAGUCCUCUGCCCUCAUCCUGCACGAGCGCAUCCACACUGGCGAGCGGCCCUUCAAGUGUGCCGAGUGCGGCAAGGCCUUCAACCAGAACAUCCAGUUGGUGGUGCAUCGGCGCAGCCACACAGGUGAGAAGCCGUUCCAGUGCACUGCCUGUGGGAAAUCGUACAGCCAGAAGGGCUACCUCACCGUCCACCAGCGGACACACACUGGGGAGAAGCCCUUUGAGUGCAGUGAGUGCAAGAAGACCUUCAGCCAGAAGGCCCACCUGUCCAUCCACCUGCGGAUCCACACGGGGGAGAAGCCCUACAGCUGCAGUGAGUGUGGGAGAAGCUUCCGGAAAGUCUCAUUCCUGUUCCAGCACCAGGCCAUCCACAGUGAUGAGAGGCCCUUCAAGUGCAGCAUGUGUGGGAAGGCGUUUAUCCGCAAGUCGACCCUCGUCCAGCACGGACGCAUCCACACGGGGGAGAAGCCCUACCACUGUGGGCACUGUGGGAGGGCCUUCCGGCACCAGCCCACACUGACCGCCCACCGCAGGAUCCACACUGGGGAGAAGCCCUAUGAGUGCAAGGCAUGUGGUAAAGCCUUCCGGCGCCUCGGGAACCUCACCUGCCACCAGAAGACACACACUGGCGAGACACCCCCAAGUGGGCCAGGUGAGAGGAGGCCUGCAGCCCAGAUAGCUGAUACCUGA